AUGAUGUUAAGAAGAGUCUUACUUUUACCAACAAGUGACUUUAUAGUCUUUUCAAAGCAAAGACAUAUCCACACAACUUUGUUUCUUAAUGCAAAGAAUAAGAAUAAGCAUGACAAAGGUAAGAAGUCAUAUAAUAAAGUAGAGAAAGAUGAGUCCAUAGACAUCGUGGAUAUUCAACAUUAUAUCGAUCAAGCUAAAAGUAAAUUCGAUAAGACUCUUAAUUUACAUGAGAUCAAAUUGAAUGAAUGUAAACAGGGUAUAUCAAAUGUUCAUAUCUUCGAUACUUUAAAACUAGCAAACGGUACGAAAUUUACUGAAGUGGCCACAACCACUCAAAAGGGUAAGAAUAUGUUAUUGGUGAGUGUCUUUAAUCCAAAUGAUGUGAAGAAAGUUGUUAGUUGCAUUUUGGCUUCAGGAUUGAAUUUAACACCAGAAAAGAUGUCCAAUGACCCAAAUGAGCAAAUGUUGAAGGUAACUUUACCACCAAAGACAAAAGAAUCCAGAUUGCAACAAGUUAAAGAACUGAAACAAAUUUUUGAAAAUUUUAAGAAUUCUAAUUUGAAUUAUUCUUUAGGUGUCAUUAGAAGAGAUUAUAUGAACAAACUUAAAAAAGUUCAACAAAAUGACGAUGUUAAAAAAUGUAUGAAAGAAUUGGAAGCUUUACACAAGGAUUAUGUUAAUAAAUUACAAGAACAAUUUAAACAUGUGGAGAAGAAUAUUUUAAAUUCAUAA